AAGAGGGGAAAAGAUUUAAAUUUUUGUAUUCCGCAGCUAAAAAGAAGUAUUUACACUUGGCAACACUAAGUGAGAAAAGAAAAUAGGGAAGAAAAAUAUUUUUGUAAAAGACGCGUUUUUGUGUUUGUAGAAUUUUUACACUAUUGAUAAAGAAUAUAAUUGUAAAGUUUAGCAUAAAAAAAGGGAAAGUCGGAUUAUCCGGACGUAUAUGCUUUGAUAAGACAAUUUCGGAAAAAUGCCCGCUGUUGAGAAUGGAGCAGUGGGUUAUGAAGAUGAGUUACGAAAAGACAAGUCUCAAAACCAAGAGCCGCUAAUCCCAUCUUUAGAAGAAAAGACAUUAAAAAGUCGCCAUCGCAGUCGAUCGGUAUCACCAGGAAAUGUUUCAGCUGAGCUCCGUCACAGUAAAUCUCGAUCUAGAUCCGGUUCACGUUCUUCCGAAGGCGAACCGCCAUCGCCACAUGCAGAGAAAGAAAAACAAAGAUUCCGAUCGCGUUCUAGAUCAGUGUCGCUUGAUAGUGAUGGGAGAAUAAAAGAGCGCAAUGAAAGUCCACGAUCGGAUUCUAGAUCACCAUCCCGCAGCUCUAACAUAUCGUCUGAGAAACCGGGACUGUCAAAGGAAACGAAGCUGCCGUCGAGGUCAAGAUCGCGGAGUUCAUCUCGAUCAAGUUCAGAAAGCUCUAGAGGACAGCGCGAAUUAUCGAAAUCACGAUCUAGAUCGCGAUCACACAGUUCAAAUGCUAGAUCAAUUUCACCAAAUGUCUUAACGAAUCAACAGGAAAAAACCAAUUCACGCAGCCUCAACGACGAACCAUAUACCCCCAUUUUGUCUACAAAAGAGAAAUCUGAUUCGGUUAAUAUAUCACUUGACGAAGAUGCAGGAUUAAAAGCCCGCCGUCGCAGUCGUAGUCCUAGUCAGUGUUCUCUGGGAUUUAAUAAGGACGACGAACCAAAACGGAAAAGCCGCAGUCGCAGCAAGGAACACACACGUGGCACCCCGAGAUCGCGGAGCUGUAGUAAGUCUCCCUCGGGCAUCCCAUCUCCCAGCGGAAAGACGCCGAAUGAUAGUGUCGCACGCAGUCGUUCCGGUUCAAGACGGUCCCGCAGUGGCUCUAAACGGAACAACUCCCGUAGUCGCUCCCGAUCAAUAUCUCCACUUUCUAGACCUGCUUCAAGACAUCGCUCUCGUUCUUACUCAAAGUCUGCAUCCCGUUCAAGAUCGCGAAGCAGUCGUAAUCGUUCACGUAGUGGAUCAAAACACUCGCGUAGCGCUUCUAAGCUAUCAAGAAGCUCCAGGCGCUCAUAUAGUGGCUCUAGACAUUCACGUAGCGGUUCUGAACGAUCAAGAAGUGGUUCAAGGCGCUCGUAUAGUGGAUCAAGCGAUUCAAGACACUCGAGAAGCGGUUCAAGGCGCUCAAGGAGUGGUUCAAGACGCUCACGGAGCGGUUCAAGACGCUCAAGGAGCGGUUCGAGGCGUUCAAGAAGCGGUUCAAAACGCUCACGGAGUGGUUCAAGACGCUCAAGGAGCGGUUCGAGGCGUUCAAGAAGCGGUUCAAGACGCUCACGGAGUGGUUCAAGACGCUCAAGGAGCGGUUCGAGGCGUUCAAGAAGCGGUUCGAGGCGUUCAAGAAGCGGUUCAAGACGUUCAAGGAGCGGUUCAAGACGCUCAAAGAGCGGCUCAAGACACUCAAGAAGCGGCUCUCGACGAUCACGAGCUAGUGGUAGUGCUUCACGAUCUCGUUCACGAAAUAGUUCUCGCAAAUCAAGAUCAAGAUCAGUGCGUUCACAUUCUAAAUCAGCUGACAGUCGUUCGGGAUCCUUAGCUCGAUCAGGCUCUCGACGCUCAAGGUCGCAUUCCCGCAGUCGUUCUAAAUCACACCAUAGCUCAAUAUCACCAACGUCUAAAGGCCAAAAAGGUCAUAAACGUAACAUUUUAAGCGACUCUGAGGGUGAAGAUGGACCGUCAUCAGCACAAAAGAAACGACCGAAAAUAACUGAUACCGAUAACGAAGAUGAGGCUGAUAAAAGUGAACAUGAAAUUGUGGAAGAAGGCGGAGCUCAAGCGGCUAGUAAGAACAUCGGUGAUAGCUCAGAUGAUGAAAAUCUACCUAUAGAUAAUGAUAGAGAACCUGAUAACUUCAUUUCGGACUUCGAUGCCAUGUUACUGCGUAAAAAAGAAGAGAAACGUAUAAGAAGACGUAAACGUGAUAUUGAUUUAAUUAACGAUAAUGACGAUCUUAUCGAUCAACUAAUAAUGAAUAUGAAAAACGCCUCAGAUGAGGAUCGUCAAUUGAACGUGGAAGGAAAGCCAGCCACAAAAAAAAUCUCUAUGCUCAAACAAGUUAUGUCCCAACUAAUUAAAAAGGAUUUGCAAUUGGCUUUUCUCGAACAUAAUAUAUUGAACGUUUUGACCGAUUGGUUGGCGCCAUUGCCUAAUAAGAGUCUACCUUGCCUACAGAUUAGAGAAAGCAUCUUAAAACUUUUAUCAGAUUUUCCUACUAUAGAAAAGAGUUAUCUUAAACAAUCGGGCAUUGGAAAAGCUGUUAUGUAUUUAUAUAAACACCCUAAAGAAACCAAACAGAAUCGUGAUCGCGCAGGUCGUCUCAUAUCAGAAUGGGCUCGACCCAUAUUUAACCUGAGCUGCGAUUUUAAAGCGCUUACAAAGGAAGAACGCCAAGAGCGCGAUAUGCGCCAAGUGCCAAAGUCGCGUCGCAAGAGUCCUGAACCAGAACCGUCGACAUCGAAAAAGAAAAGAGGACUCAAUUCUGCUUUCGGCAACACAGAAGAGAAACCUUUACGUCCUGGCGAUCCAGGUUGGGUGGCACGAGCCCGCGUCCCUCGGCCAUCAAACAAAGAUUAUCUGAUAAGACCGAAAUCGAAGAUAGAUGGCGAAGUUUCCACAACUAACAAACGUAAACCGAAUCGAUAUGAGAAGCAUAUGAAAAAGUUCCUCGACGCUAAACGUUUGAAAUCAUCACGCAGAGCUGUAGAAAUAUCGAUUGAGGGUCGUAAAAUGGCCUUGUAAAAAAUGUGAACUUUAUCAGAAUAGUUAUUGUGCCCCUCUUAAAGAAGAUUUUUAACAAUUUCUUAAUAGAUAUUUAAUUAGUCUUUAUUUUAAGCUUUUGUUUUGCGUAAAUUGCUUGCGCUAUUUGAACAAAUAUAGUAAGCUAACUAAUUAAA